GGUCUCGGUGUGUCUGCUCUGCGCAGCGCCUGCGAGCGGAGGGAGUCAGAGAAACGCAGCGGCGGUUCCGGGCAGCGCGUGCGGCUUCGGUAAUGAUGCAUUAAACUGCCUCUUCAUUCAUACUCUCACAGCCCCAGCAGAAAUACGGUAACCACCACAACAACAUCUCUCCAUUGUGAUUCAUUGUCUCCGGUUUCAUCGUCGCGGCGGAAAUCGAAAGAUUUAAUGAAAGAUAAAGACGAGAAGAAGCGCACGGCAACGUUACGACUGUUUUUAUUUUCAUCCCAUUCUGAAUGACGGGCGGACGGUUCGACUUCGACGAUGGAGGCACUUAUUGUGGCGGAUGGGAGGACGGGAAAGCCCACGGACACGGCAUCUGCACGGGACCCAAGGGUCAGGGCGAGUACUCCGGGUCCUGGUCCCACGGGUUUGAGGUAGUCGGGGUCUACACCUGGCCCAGCGGAAACACGUACCAGGGCUACUGGUCGCAGGGCAAGCGCCACGGGCUGGGUGUUGAGACCAAGGGGAAAUGGCUUUAUCGCGGGGAGUGGAGUCACGGGUUCAAGGGUCGCUACGGAGUUCGGCAGAGCACCAACACACCUGCUAGAUAUGAUGGGACGUGGAGUAAUGGACUGCAGGAUGGAUAUGGAGUCGAAACCUAUGGAGAUAGUGGCACUUAUCAAGGCCAAUGGAUGGGGGGCAUGAGGCACGGCUAUGGUGUCCGUCAGAGCGUGCCUUAUGGAAUGGCCACCAUCAUCCGCUCUCCACUCCGCACCUCCCUGGCCUCCCUAAGAAGUGUGCAAAGCAACGGCGCCGUUCUCCAGGACACGGUACCAGAUACUCCAGUCGGAAGCCGUGGUGGUUUCGUGCUGAAUUUUCACAGCGACACCGAAGUCGUCACCGGGAAGAAGAAGGGCCUGUUCCGCCGCGGGUCCCUCUUCGGAAGCCUCCGCCAGCUGCGUAAAUCUGACUCCAAAACAUCCAUCUCUAGCAAGCGAAGCUCAGCACGUAGCGAUGCCACCAUGAGCCGCAUCAGCUCCAGCGACGCCAACUCCACCAUCAGCUAUGGAGACGGAGAGGUGCCCGAUGAGUACACGCCAAUGGAGGACCACGUGGAUGCCACCACCACCGAGUCCUACAUGGGCGAAUGGAAGAACGAUAAGCGUAAUGGGUUUGGGGUCAGUGAGAGAUCCAACGGACUGAAGUAUGAAGGUGAAUGGAUGAACAACAAGAGGCAUGGAUACGGGUGCACCAUAUUCCCAGAUGGAACCAAAGAGGAGGGGAAGUAUAAAAAUAACGUGUUGGUGCGCGGGAUAAGGAAGCAGCUUAUUCCUCUUAAAAACCAUAAAACGAAGGAAAAAGUGGACCGGGCUGUGGAGGGGGCUCGAAGGUCAGCAGCUAUCGCCAGGACGAAAGUGGAAAUAGCAGUUUCAAGGACGUCCCACGCACGGACUAAGAGUGAAGCAGCAGACCAGGCCGCUCUUGCAGCAUGUCAGGAGUCAGAUUUAGCCCGAGCUGUGGCUCGUGAAUUAUCUCCAAGCUUCCAUCAACCAGGACUGGAAUACAUCAAGCAGAAGUUCAGUGAGCCGGUGGAGGAGAUUAAAGAAGAAGAAGCACCCAAAGAAGAGGAGAAGAAGUCUUCAGGUAGCCCUUUCUACCGGCGCGGGACGACUCCGAGCCACUCUCCAGCCCAAAGCCCGACCCCGUCCCCUCCCCGCACCUCUCAGAAAAGCCAAGCGCAGAACCCCAGCAUUAGCCGCAAGAUCAGCAAAGACAACAGCGGCACGGCCCGCAAGAUCAGCAGAGACAGCACUUCUGUAGCCCGCAAGAUCAGCAAAGAAGAGAGAGCCUCCAUUGUGGCCGAAAUCACCAAAGUAUCUGUCCCUUCUCCUUCUCUUCCUCCUCCUCCUCCUCCUGCAGUCCAGACCAUUAAGCUGCAGGAUGUCCCGCCUACAAAGCCUCCCAAAGCACUUGAACCCGUGGCCAAACCUGCGGGCACAGGUAACGGGCAGCUUCAUACUGCCUAUCACAGUUAUUAUGUGAAGCCGGUGAAGCAGUUGCCUCCACCAGAGGAACCCGAAGAUGAGGAGCCAGAAAUCACGCAGUCCAGUCUUGCCAGGAUGCCUCCACCUCCCAAAACGCUCAAUACACCCACUCCCAAACCAGAGGCCAAGAUCAGGAAACAAGAGUCUAUUAAACCAAAGAGCUUAGCUGACACCAAGAAGGCUAGUUUGGACCUGGUUAAUGAAGCAACGGUGGAAGAAUCUGGUCCUAACUCAAUUCUGGUUGCCAUGGUGAUGCUUUUGAAUAUUGGAUUGGCAAUCAUUUUUGUCCAUUUCCUGACAUGAAACACUACCAUCUCAAUGUUGGAUGGAAACCCACACAGUUGUGUCAAUGACCUUUCUGAAAUCCAAACGGCAGCAGGCAGAGUCUCCAGAGGGCAGAGAAGCUGAAGAAUCAACAUCUGAAGAGUCUGAAACCCAGAGCAUCAUCCUCCACACGAUGAUGUCAUGUGACUGAAAAAAGAGAGAGAGAGCGAUAGAGAGAGAUGAAAAUAUUUCGGGGGGGAAGAAAAUGACCAUUAAAGUGGAAACCGAAGAAGGGAAUGCAGUGUAACGUGACUCAUAUCUGCUGAUGGAAAGCCUUAAUAUCAGCCACUCUCCAUAGGUCUCGGGCUUCUGGCAGAGACUUAACUGGAAAUGUUUGAUGAUGCACUUUUGCAUGAUGGACACGAGCAGCUGCCUUACUCAUUUACCAUCUGACGUGGGACUAGGAGAUGUGCUCGCAGUGCCAGAGGAAUGUGUUCAGGGGACUUUGCUGAAGCGGGACGGAGAAACCAAACGCUCUCACCAGUGUCACUCGCCCGUCUUACACCCUCUACCGACCCAUUUCUCUCAUUCUGCUCCCUACUGUACUCACGGUUUGUUUGUUUUUUCAUGAAUCCUUUUUGUUUAGGAACCUCAAUCAGAACUGUUUAAAUUUAAUAUAAAGCUAAAUCAAUCCCACUCUUUAUUUUUUCUUUGAGAGUAUUUAAAAUGAGAUUUAAGAGGGAAUUAAUAUAAUAUUUAUUAAAAUGUGCAAUAUGAUUUAUUUUUCUAACUGCUCGCCAAUCAGGGGUAUUGUAUCUUUGUCCCAUUUAUUCUGGCUCUUUAAGGGAGGAAAAAAAAAAAUAUUAUUAUUUAAGGCUUAUCCACAUCAUAAAUGAAAACUAUUUUAGUAUCCACACCAAACAAACCAAUUCAAGUACAUUAUAAGUUGCAUUACUGUCGUCUGUCGCUUUAAGAGCACAAGCUCUUACAUGAUGGAUUCUGAUUGACUCUUUAAGUUCUUGUCAGUCAUCCGCUGGGAGUUUUGUCGCCUGCGACUUUAAUUGCACCUGCUCUUAAACACAGAGUUCUGAUUGGCUGUUAAUGUUUUUAUAUUUUUAAAACAUUCUGAAAGUAAUCUCAACUAUUUUCUGUUUCAUGACAACUAUAUUAGCAUCUUCACUAAUACAUGAUAUCAUUGUUUACUAUGAGCGCACGUUGUAGUUUUGUGGGCCGCCACUUCAAAUUCCCCACUCUUUAAAUGAAGAUUUUGAUUGGCUGUUAAUAUUUUUUAUUAAGUAUUAAGUUGUGAUGUGAUUCUUUUACAGUCAAUUUUAGAACUAUACUGUUAAUUAUAAUUACCAUCAUUGCUGUGAACAGGCAUUUAAACCUGAGUAUACUUUGUUUUUUGUGUAUGUUAGCAUAUGCAAACAUCCAAACCUUACAUGCGAAAAAAAUGGCUUUCAAAUAGAGUUCCAGGAACAGAUCUUACCAAAAUCUGUACCUGACCUCUCACGUAAUUUAUACUAAUUAAAAUGCAAUUAUGACAUAUAACACAGGGAACACUGGGCUGUGGGAUUUUUGAAGGGAUGGUUCAUCCAAAAAUCAACACUAAAGUGGUCCUAAACUUUUAUUAUAAUUAUUUUUAAAGAAUGUUGGGAAAAAGCAGUCAUAGACAUCAAUAGUAGGAACAAAAAUGCUAUUAUAUUAUAUAUUAUUUAAUACUACGAUAUUAAAUAUCUUCAGGAUAUCUUCCUUUUCAUCAAGCAAGAUUGGAACCUGUAUAAGAUGAUUAAAUGACUCCAAACGUCAAAUUUUGGACCUAAAUUUGCUUGGGAACUUGAAUUUUGGGACAGUGAAGACCUUUAGUUGGGGGUAUAUUUUUGUUGUUGUUCUGCCUCAGCCCAGCUCAGGGUUGCAAACUUGUGGAUAAACUAAACCAUGUGAAAACAAUUGAAACUUCUGACCAUAAAAUUUGCCUAUGCAUACCCAUUAUUACCAGAGUAUAAUGGGUUUUAAGAGUAAGGGGUUGUUCACAUCAAGCAAGAUAACUAUAAAUAUAAUGAUAAAGACAAUGUUCUAAAACGUUCUGAAUGUAACAGGUCAGUCCACUGCUUUAACGGUAAAGAAGUAGAGAAACUAAAUCAUAGGGAUCACUUUCAGAAUGUUUUUUCUUUCAGCCAAUAAAGUAAAACACUGACAGCCCGUUAGAAUUCGUUGAAAUUUAAAGGGCUUGGACCUACUAAAGUUACAGAUGACAUUGUGGAGAAGUUCACUUCUUGAUGUUAAACCUUUUUUUCAAAGACUAUUUAAAGAUUUAAAGAUCUUGUACAGUGGGUAGUGGUAAAAUUGAUGGACGCUAUGCCAACCAAGCUAGCAAACUGACUCGUAAAAGUACCUCAAGUUUUGACAUUGUUAAAUUGCUUACUUUGUUAAUGCUGAAGAAAAAUAAUUUGUGCUAUUUAUUUAUUUAUUUUUUUUUGCACUACACUAACUGCGAACACUAGAUUCCCUGUUUGAUUAGACUGAUUACAUGAGCUGGAUUCACUGGUCGCAUGUGCUAUAAAUAAAGCACACUGAGCACAUCUGCAUGGCUGCAAGAGGGAAAUGCAAAAAGAAAAGCAUUAGCUAAAAAUAAACCGCUUGUCAGUUCAGACCCUGAUAUACUUCAAACAAAAAUGAUGUAUUGUUCUUCGUUUGUGGGAAAAAAAUAAGUUUCAAUAGGCUGAGUGAUGCUGUACAGUUUUCAAACACUCCAGCAACCCCACAAUGCAGUAAGUAGAUUUGUAAAUGUGCCAUGCUUGAUCUCACGAGGAGACAUAACCAUUUUACGUUUUGUUAGAUUAGUGGAUAAUUUGUACAAAUUGAGAAAAUGUAAAAGAGGCACCCAACCCCACCCCUAAGCCCAACCAUAAUUGAGGAGAAGCAAAUCGUACAAAAUUUUACAAAUCAGAUCGUACGACUUCAUGUGAAUUAGCCACUAAAUCAAGAAGUUAGGAAUUGCCGUGAGAUAGCAUUGGUCAUGCUGCUCGCAUGUACCGACUAAACUCAACAACAAUGGCAGCUGUGAGAGAAAUGCAGUUUCGUCAACAUCUGGCAAACUCGGCACGCCGCAUCUUUACAUUGUUUCUGAUUUGCUGUAUACAAAGACAAAAUGGUGCCACUGGUGUGCGCACACUAGGCAUGGGAUGAUAAUCGUUUUCAAGGUAUACCGCGGUUUGAAAAAGUCAAAGUUUUAAAACCACCAAAAUUUUCUGUAAAACCAUUCCUAAGGUAUUGUGUAAGUGUUUUACUUACAUUUAACAGUAACAGUACAAUAACAGUAGCUCCAACAGAAAAGAUCUCCGAAGAUGCCAUUUUAAAAUGUAAAGAAAUCUGUGUUUUUGAAACUAAUGAAGAGAGCAGAAGUCAAUGAUUCAUUUGAAUUAUUUAACCUUAAAUGGUCACUGCUCCAAAAUAAAUUAAAUGUUUCUCAAAAUACAAUAUAAUGUGUUAAAUGGGGGGAAAAGAUUUUAGUUUUUCACCCAGACGUUUAAGAAGAAUAUAUUUUAGAGCAGUGAUCACAAUACCAUCGUACCAUGAAACCGUGAGAUUUUUAUCCAAGGUUAUCAUACCAUCAGAAUCUUAUACCGGCCCAUGCCUAGAGCACACUCAUAGAAAACAAUGUUUACAGUUAUAAAAGACGUGGCACACUCCGUUUGACCAUUCGCAGAAAACUGUACAGGUGCAGAUACAUCUGUACUAGCUCAGCUACUCCACUCUCCAGUGUAUUCAUGUUGCUAACUUGGUGUUGUUGCUUUGAAAAUUGUUCUCCUGUAAAUAUAAGAUACCAAUCAGUCGAAUAUCAAAGAAGGUGGAGCUCCAGAACACCCCCACUUAUUGUGUAAUUGCCACAGAUCAAUGGUAGUUCUAAGGAACUAAAACAAACUCGCCAAAACGUUUGCUUCAAUGAGCAAUUUCAAACUUAACUUUAUUUUGGCUUGAUUUUGUUGGAAACAGCCUCAUUUUCAUUUAAUACUUUGAUUUUUAUCAGGGCCUUUAUUGUUUGUUGGUGUGGACACAAAUAUAGUUACUGUAUGGUUAUAUUUAUAGUUACCAUCCUUAGUGUGAACAGCACUCUAUGAUACAGGAUAUGGAAUACAUGAUUUCCCACUCUUCAGAAAUCACAUCCACUCCAAAAAUGAAAAAAACACACAAAAAAAAACUAUGGAAAGUCUUAUUAAGCGUGUUAUUUCUUGAAUUGUGGGAGCUGUGUUUGUUGUGCAUGCAGUGUUGUUGUGCUUUACAUGUCAGAUUUUGACAUGUGACGACGGCAUGUUUGUGAGCUCGGAUGCUUUGGAUAUCAGAAGUCAGGAAGGAGUAGGAGAUUGCCUUGAAGAAGAGUCUUUAACUUCAGUUUACCUCAAAGCUAAUCAAGGAAAAAGCCUCGAACCAGAUGAAGUCUUUGUCUUAAAUCUGUAGUAUGCAAAAACUCUGACCGACCGAGUCAUUGAGAAUCGAUUUUUUUUAAAACAUGCCACUAUAAUGUAAAAAUGAUAUAUAUUUUAUUUUUUUCUUUCUUUCUUUUGGUACAUCCUGAAAUUUGACUCAUAGUUAUGUGAAUUCUCCCAGUUCGGAAGGUUUAUUUAUUAUGGAUAGCGUUCUAGAUAUUGUUUGGUGAGUGUACAAGGGCUUUGGGAAAAAAAAAAACUUGGUUUCUCUUCUUCAAACCCUCAUUUGCUUUUAGUUUUCGUUUGCAUGGGAUCUUUAAAUGCACUAAUGCGUGUAUAUUUGAUUCAACACAACUAUUCGGAGGUAAAAAUAUGUUUAAGCAUAAAACCAUGUACUGUUGAAUGAUGUGUUUUAUUGGGUUGUGUUUGGAUUCUGUGCAACAAUGCGGUGCAAUGUGUACGGGCUCUUUUUAUAUGUUUUCCGAAGGAGAGGUUUUGAGCAAACGGAGCUGGAUGAGGAAUUAUUUUUCUAAAAACAUGUUGCACAAACAGAAAGCAUUUAUAUAUGAGGUUUAUUCUAUUUCUAAGCAUUUGUACUAAGCACAGCCAUGACUAUAUGAAGUAUUUUUCUAUAGAAAUGCACAGCUGUAUUUUGACAAAAAGCAGUAUAUGGCUUCUUUAUAUCCAGCAUUUUAUCUCACACAUCAUCACAGUUCAGACUUCACAUCAAAUAUUUCUGAUUCAGUGUGAUUUGAGGAUGCAGGAAUCCUUUUAUGAACCUUCAAUGUAAAAAUAAAUUAACAAAAAAAAUCACUGUCACGUUUCGAGCCCACAGAGCCCCAUGUAUUUCUGUAAUUUAAAGAGUUAUGCUAUUUAUCUGUAUAAUAAAAUGUUAUGCCUUGUAAA